GGCGGCGACGGGCGGGCAGAGGCGGGGCCGGGGGCGGGUGACAGCUGCCUGUCGGGGGCCGUGGUCGCGCGUUCGCUGUCUGUGGUGCGAGGCGCGCGCAGGUCGGAGGCGGAUGCGUGAGGACCUGAGAGCGCUGCGCGGGCGCCGUUCCCUGGGACGAGACGCGGCGGGGGCGCCCGGCCCCGGGCCGGCUGCGACAGAGGCUGGGGGAUGACGGGCCCCGCGAGUGACCGAGGGGCGUCCGAGAGCGUCUUCGACCUGGACUACGCCUCGUGGGAGGUCCGCUCGGCGCUGGCGGUGGCCGGCUUCGCCUUCUACCUGGGCGCCUUCGUCGUGUGCCACCAGCUGUCCUCCUCCCUGAGCGCCACCUACCGCUCCCUGGUGGCCAAGGAGAAGGUCUUCUGGAACCUGGCGGCCACCCGGGCCGUCUUCGGGGUGCAGAGCACGGCGGCGGGCCUGUGGGCGCUGCUGGGGGACCCCGUGCUGCACGCCGACAAAGCGUGGGCCCAGCAGGGCUGGUCCUGGUUCCACAUCGCCACGGCCACCGGCUUCUUCUUCUUCGAGAACGCGGCCCUGCACCUCUCCAACGCCCGCUUCCGCACCUUCGACCCCUUCCUGGCCCUGCACCACCUCUUCGCCUUCCUGGGCUUCCUGGGGCUGCUGGUCAACCUCCAGGCCGGCCACUACCUGGCCAUGGCCACCCUGCUUCUGGAGAUGAGCACCCCCUUCACCUGCGUGUCCUGGAUGCUCCUGAAGGCCGGCUGGUCGGACUCGCUGCUCUGGAGGGCGAACCAGUGGCUGAUGAUCCACAUGUUCCACUGCCGCAUGGUGCUGUCCUACCACAUGUGGUGGGUGUGCCUGCGGCACUGGGACGGCCUGCGCCGCAGCCUGCACCCGCCGCACCUGGCGCUCUUCCUGUGCGGGAUGGGCCUGCUGACGCUCGUGCUCAACCCGUACUGGACCCACAAGAAGACGCAGCAGCUCCUGCACCCCGUGGACUGGAACUUCGCGGCGCCGCGGCCCGGGGGCAGCAGCGCGCUCCCCAGAACCAACGGCCACAGGCCCCAGAAGAAGGGGCAGUAGCCGCUCGGGCCCCCCUUCGCCCCGCGGGGCGGCGUCCUGGCGAGGGGGCCGUGGGGGCCGAGUGCCCGGCAGUGGGCCCGAGGGGCUGCAGACCGACUCGCUGUCUCGCUGGUGUGGGUCUCCCAGGAGCCACCGAAGGGCUCCGGGGCCUGCUGUGCCGUCGGAGCAGCCUCCCGCCGUGCUGAUGCCGCUGUCUGCCCUGGCGCUCACCCACGGCGGCCUGCUGCUCGUCCGGAAGGGCCCGGCUGCGAGGCGAGCUGUCCUGCAGCCCUUGCCUGCUGCUGCAGCCUGGGACCCAGCCUGCCCUGCUGGGUCUGCGAGGCGGGCCUGGACCGGGCGGCUGCACCCAGAAAUGCCACCCGCGGGAGUGGUCAAGCCAGCUGGAUCCUUCCCAGCCACACCUUCAACUGCUGCUUCCUGUCCAACAGCCUCACGGUUGGAAAGAAUUGCCCUGAGGUGGAAACUGCUGUGACCUGUCCCUUGCCAGGUGGGCGGGUCCAGCGGCUCCUGGCCUGGCGGGAGGAGCUCCUGGGGGGCAGCCGGCCCGGAAGUCACCGUCUGCUGUGGGAGCGAGGGGAGGAGACGGGACAUCUCGUCAGACUUUCAUCAAGGCCACAGAACAGGAAUUUUUGUUCAGAUCACAUCGCUCAGCUAACACGGUGAGGAGGACACUCGCUGAUCUCGAGAGUCUGCAUUUCGGAGCAUUUCCGUCCGCGGAGCUGCCAGCAGGGCCCACGCAGGCCCCAGCUCCGCGGCUGGUUUUCUCUGUGGCUCCCAGGACUCAGGGGGCUGGGGGGCGAGCGGCGUCCCCCAGCCGGGCUGCGGCCCUGAGCUCCUGCACCUUAAGCGCCACUGCCCCCCCCACUUUCCUCGGCUGCCUGGUGGGCUUUGCACGCCCACCCAGCACCCUGACUGACAGGUGUGCAAGCACUGUUCUUGCCACGAGUGUGCAGUUAAAAUCGAGAGUUUAUUUUUAUCAAAAGCGCCUUUGAAGCGUUUUUGGCGACGCCUGUUGGUGGUGAAAUCAGCGGGCCUGGGCCUGUGGCCAGCAGGGGCCCGAGGUCACCGCCUCCUCGUCACCCCGUCGCUGGGCUGCACUGAUCACGUGACCCCUGUGCACCGCACCGAGAAGCACCUGGUCUCUCCCAGCGAAGCCCGCCCCUGUGGAGACCAGUGACCGGAGCCACCGCCCUGUGGCCUGUGCUUCCUGACCCGGGGUCCGGGGGGGGGGAUAGGGCGUCUGUCGGGGGACAGGCAGGAAACGAAGGAAAAUAAAGUGGCUGAUGUUCACAGCA